UGAGGACAAGUUUUAUCGACAAAUUGGAAUUGGAAGAUGUGUACAUAUCCUUCAUCUCCCAUCAUUACAUACUCCUCUUCGUGAAACAUUUCUCUUUCUUAUUGUCGAGAAUUGAUCGAUUAUUUGCCCCUUCAUCGGACUCAAAUAUAGAGCCGACGCUUAACUCUCCGGCUUCAAAUCAAUCUCCGCCCUCACUUCGUAAACAGUCAUCAAAUUCAUAUAUAAGUCUCUCUUCUAUCACUGAAUUCCUCUUCAAUCCCUUCAAUUCUCCUUGAUAACUCUCCAAUCACUAAACAUGUCUCUUACCCGACGCAUCCUCACCACAAGCCGUCUUCCAGGCCUCCGUAUAACGUCAUCGAUACGCUGCCAGUGGGGUCAAAAAUCACGAGAUAUCCGGCACUUUCAAAGCUAUCAGCGACUUCUCGAAGCACCGCGAAACCCAUAUAGAGAUGAGGAGAGCGAUCGGAAAGCGCCGAAGAUUGUGAGGGGUGCGAGUAAGGUUUUUAAGAGUGCAGAUGAGGCGGUUGCGGAUAUUCAGAGUGGAUCGAUCAUUUUGAGUGCCGGGUUUGGAUUGUGUGGUACCGCUGGUAUGUUUUUCUCUUUUCUAUUUUUUAUUUUGCCGUGAUUUUGAGUGACGGGUAUUGGGAUGUGGAAUGGAUACUCAGGCUAAUGGAAUUUCAGAGACAAUUAUCGAGGCAUUGGAAAGGAGAGGUGUAGAAAAUCUUCAUUCUUUAACAGCUGUUUCGAAUAAUGCCGGAGCAUCUAUACCGGGAGGUUUAGCUGCAUUGACGCAAUCUGGACAGGUGAAUCGAUUAAUUCUGAGUUUUAUCGGAAGUAACAAAGCUCUGGAAAAGAAAUAUCUGGAAGGAAAAAUCGCUAUUGAAUUAUGUCCGCAAGGAACUAUUGCUGAGAGAUUAAGGGCUGGUGGGGCUGGAAUUCCGGCUUUUUAUACUCCUACUGGUGUUAGUAAGUGAACCUUUUUUCUUUUCCCUCUCUGUGGAAUGUGUAUUGAUGGAUUAUUAGGCACUUUACUACAGACUGGAGGUAUUCCAACUAGAUUGGGUCCCCCAGCCGAAGGCUCCAAAGAAAACACCGUUUUAGAAAAAGGACAAGUUCGAGAAACUAGAGAAUUCGACGGCAAGACUUAUUCCAUGGAAAAAGCCAUUAAAGGAGAUGUUGCAAUUCUGCGAGCGUGGAAAGUCGACGAAUCUGGAAAUUGUCAAUUCAGGUACGUUUGUCCCAUGCGAAAUCUGACGGUCAGAUAGGUUUUAAUAGAUAGCAGAUUCACCACUAGAACAUUCGGACCCAUCAUGGCUAAAGCUGCAAAGGUGGCUAUUGUCGAGGCUGAAAAUAUUGUUCCAAUUGGCUCUAUUGAUCCAGCCGAUGUUCAUCUUCCAGGAAUUUAUAUUGAUCGUAUUGUUCCGGCGACUGUGGCUAAGAAAUUAGAAUUGAAGAAGACUCGUGCACCUGAUGGCCAGAAGGCAGAUGCGUCGAGUCAAUCGGAUGCAAAUGUUAGGAGAGAUAGAAUUGCCAGGAGAACGGCAAAGGAAUUGAAGAAUGGUUACUAUGUCAAUCUUGGUGUUGGUAAGUUUAAUCUAUAUAGUACUUUUGGUGAGUUGAAUGUUGUGAGAUUGACGAGUAAUAGGCCUACCAACUCUUGCUCCUUCAUUCUUGUCUCCUGAAACUAAGGUUUGGAUUCAAUCUGAGAAUGGAAUUUUGGGAAUGGGUGCAUACCCCACUGAAGAAGAAGUUGAUCCGUGAGUCCUUCAUCAUCAUACAUGAGACGAUUUCAAUGAACUAACAUCCACAAGCGAUAUCAUCAACGCCGGCAAAGAAACCGUAACCCUCAUCCCCGGCGCCUCCACCUUUGACAGCGCCGAAUCCUUCGCCAUGAUCCGCGGUGGCCACGUCGACGUAUCUGUUCUCGGAGCAUUACAAGUAGGCGCCAAUGGUGAUUUAGCCAAUUAUAUGAUCCCCGGAAAAGUAAGUUCUGCUCUCUUCAUUCUCCCCAACUUGAUAAAAUUUCAAGCAAAAACUCACAAACAAAUCAAUAGGUUUUCAAAGGAAUGGGCGGAGCAAUGGAUCUCGUUUCCAAUCCUGACGAAACGAAAAUCGUCGUUGCAACAGAACAUGUUGCCAAAGAUGGAAGUUCAAAGAUCGUUCAGGAUUGUAGUUUACCGUUGACAGGGGCGAAGGUUGUUAGUACUAUUAUUACUGAUUUGGUAUGUUUUAUCUCCCCUUUCCUCCCAUAUCCAUAUCUCCACAUUCCUUAUAUCCUCGCAAAAUGGGAGAUGGAUAAUAGAUGAGUUAUGAUUCUAGUGCUAAUAUAUACAUUUAGUGUGUAUUUGAAGUCGACAGAAUUAAUGGUGGUCUUACUUUAACUGAGCUGGCGCCGGGUGUGGAGAUUGACGAGGUCAGACAAAAAACUGAUGCUAAGUUUGAGGUUGCGAAGAAUGUGAAGAGGAUGGAGUAGUUAGGAUGUAAAUGACUGUAUAUUUAAGUAACGAGAACAAAUCAUGUAAGAAUGGUUGAGCUCGUCCUAGUUGUAAAAUAGGUUUUUUUUCCAAUGUUGGGAGAGGGGCUUGUGUUAUAGAGUUAUAUCAAAAAACUUUUUAACUUUUCUUUCAUCCGCGGGCUUCGUAUGGAUGGAAAA